AUGUCUCAGAGUACCUAUCCAAAUGAAAAGAUAUGUUCUCUGGCUAGUAUAUUAACUCAAGCGAAUAAAUUUCAACAGCUUUUAUCUAAAGACAAUAUUUGGUCAGCUUGUUAUGGAAACGAUUAUCUUUCCAUGAUAUAUCUUGCUGAUUUAAAUAAAUCGUUACAACAAAAGAAGCUUUUAUUUGAUAUUGGAGCGAAUAAAGGUUAUACUAUAGCUUUAUGGUUAUCUAUGUGGAUGCCAGAAAUAGGUGUCAAUCCAAAAAGUCUAUACAUGUAUCUUUCACAAGUGCUGAAAAUCGAUGAUUGUGGCGUUUGUACAGAUUGUAACGAAACAAUAUCAAACAGCGUACAGACAAAUAAUCGUAUUAAUACUACACUUGAAAUUCAUGCAUUUGAACCAAUGGAAAGUACUUAUCAAGCUCUUCGUCAAGUAAGCACUUGGAUAAAUAUUUCGACAUUGUAUCUUCAUAAAAUAGCGAUUAGUAAUACUACAGGUAUAGCUAAUAUGAAAAAAUGUCCUGUAGGAAGUGAAUUAUGCGGACUGUUGGCCAUAGAUCAUUCUACAUCAAAUGAAAAGGUUUUUCAAACUUCGACAAUAACACUUGAUGAAUUUGUUGAACAAAAAAAUAUACAACAGAAAAUUGAUUUACUUAAAAUUGAUACGGAAGGUGCUGAUCCACUUGUUCUUCAAGGUGCAAAAAAAUUAUUUACAAAAAAACAAAUUAGAAUACUUAUAUUUGAAAAUCAUGGAAUUGGAACAUGGAAAACAACUAGUCUAUUAACAGUCAUCGAGUUCCUUAGUAAAGAAGGUUUCAUCUGUUACAUGCUUGGUAAAACAGGUUUAGCACGACUGACAAAUUGUUGGUCUCCUGCGUUUGAUAUAAAACGAUGGAGUAAUGUUCUAUGUGUACAUCGAGAAGAAGAACAUAUUCGACAUUUCCUAGAUCGACUUCUUAUUACUAAUAUCUAA